AUGCCACAUGUUUUUGUCAAUAGAUAUCGGUUCUUCUCCUCAAGUGCCAUCCCUGUCACACUCGAGGAGUUGAGGAAGAAGUAUUUCUGGGAAUCGGUCAAUGCCAUUUUCUACGUUCUGGGAGGAAUUCUGCUCACUAUUGGAUCCAUCCUGUUCUUGCCCCAAUACGAAGACAUUCAAUAUGUUGGUGCCUGGAUCUUUAUUGUGGCAUCCUGCCUGUACUUGACCGUGUCAGGACAUGACUUGAUUGAAAUCAACAAUCAUGGUGGUCUGUUCAACCCCAACCAUUUGUCGGACUUGGUGGCUGCCACCAGCUACUUGAUUGGCGCCAUCAACUUUAUCCUUGGCAGUGUCUUUUUUCUACCGCAUGUGGCAAUGUUCAAGGCCGGGGCCAUCAAUUUUAUCAUGGGAUCAGUACUCUUUGUGGUGGGAGCUAUUGUCAAUUCCAUCCAAAUCUUUGAUUCUCCAACUCGACUGACUGCCUUUUACGCCAAUCUUGUAGCAGUCUUCUUUGUGGUUGGUUCUACGUUUUACCUCUCCGCCUCGGUUCCCUAUCUUUUUGAACUUGAUACCACCCGGGAUAAUGUUGAGGUUGAUAAAUUUGCAGCUAUUCUGUACAUUUGGGGGUCCCUUCUCUUUACCUUUGCAGGAUUCUUGAACAUUUAUCGCACAAGGCUCAUUCUGAUUAUAGAAGUAGAAAGACACAAAGAAGAAAAGGCUUUGGCGGCCAGCAGCAGCAACAACAAUGACAAUGCAAAGAAAACAAUCAGCAGUAAACUAUCUUCACGAGAACAAGAAGGUGUCAUUUCCAGCUUGGAAGGGGUGCAACCGGAACCGGAAGAUCCUGAAAGCAACAAUUGA